GGGAAGUGUAAGAUGUUUGCUAGACAUCUUGGUAUACAGGAAACAGAUUAUAAACUGUAUGAUUAAAAGAAACCCAGAUGUCUUAAGCAAAAGAGGAUAAUGACUGACAGAAAAUCAUGGGUUCCCUCUAAGAUCAGCACCACUUCAUGUGAUAGGUAUUUGACUCAGGAUGUAGUGUAUAUAAGACUAUAAUCCCUGAAAGAAAAGUUAAAUAAAAAGCCUGUGUGAAUUAUAAUUUAUAGUAGGGAAGAGAAAUUUAGUUCUAUAGUUUAGAGCAUCUUUACUCAGAAGUAAGUCCUUCUGAAAUCAAGGUUUUAAUGCCUAAGUAAAUAAAGGACUGAGGGGUAGCUAAAAGUUUAGGUCUUAUUCUUGUAUUGGAAUAAUCUUUGUCAAACAUUUAAAAGCCUAGUGAGUGCCUCUUUUUUAUUUCUUGUAAUCCUUACGAACAUUUGAAGGAAGCUGGAAAUGCCCAGUAUUGGACAGAGAAGAGGGCCUUUCCACUAAAGAAGAGAGAUAUUAAGAUAGUCUCCAAUAGAGAACUGAUAUCCCCAAAGACUGAGGAGCUAAAGUUGGCAUAAAGAACCCGAUGGCUUUGCUUUCCACCAUACAGUGCUUAUAGCUGCACUAGAUCUCCUGAAUCUCCACUAGAAGUGACACAGCCCUUUGGUAUUCCAGGGCAAUCAGGACGCCACGGCUCCGCCUGACGCAAUGGCUCAGCCCUAUCCCCCGGCCACAUAUCCACCCCCCCCACAGAACGGCAUCCCUCCAGAGUAUGCUCCUCCACCACACCCGCAUCCAGCACAGGACUAUUCGGGGCAGAGCACAGUACCCGAACAUGCCUUGACGCUCUACACCCCAGCACAGAGCCACUCCGAACAGCCGGGCACUGAUGCCAGCACGCAGUCCAUAGCAGGCACGCAAACGGUACCGCAGACAGAUGAAGCAGCGCAGACAGACAACCAGACACUACACCUACCAGAGAGUGGUUCUGACAAGCAGCAGCCCAAGCGGCUACACGUUUCCAACAUCCCUUUCCGCUUCCGGGACCCUGAUCUGCGGCAAAUGUUUGGGCAAUUUGGAAAGAUCCUGGAUGUUGAGAUCAUUUUCAAUGAGCGUGGUUCCAAGGGUUUUGGGUUUGUAACUUUUGAAACUAGUGCAGAUGCCGAUCGGGCACGGGAGAAGCUGAACGGCACCAUCGUAGAGGGACGCAAAAUUGAGGUCAACAAUGCCACCGCACGGGUCAUGACAAACAAAAAGGCAGCUAAUCCCUACACAAACGGCUGGAAGCUGAACCCUGUAGUGGGCACCGUCUAUGGCCCUGAAUUCUAUGCAGUGACCGGUUUCCCAUAUCCAGCCACAGGAACCGCAGUAGCGUACCGGGGGACGCACUUAAGGGGCCGAGGACGCACAGUCUACAACACGUUCCGAGCAGCUCCCCCACCCCCACCCAUCCCCACGUAUGGAGCAGUGGUUUACCAGGACGGAUUCUACGGUGCUGAAAUUUAUGGGGGCUACGCGGCCUACAGAUACGCCCAGCCUGCGGCAGCGGCAGCAACAGCUUACAGCGACAGUUACGGCAGAGUUUAUGCAGCUGCAGACCCUUACCACCACACUAUUGGCCCUGCUGCCACCUACAGCAUCGGCACCAUGGCUAGUCUAUACCGAGGAGGGUACAGCCGCUUCACUCCCUACUAGCAAGACAGACCCAGACCCUCCUCACAAUAGUAACACUGAACUGCUCCUUAGAAAUCCAACCAAAACCCCGUGGACAUGGGCCCCUGCCCCCUGCUGCUGGCCCUUGGCAGCCUAAAUCACUCAUCAUUUUACCUCAAGCCGCCUGCCAUGCCUCUCCUCCCACCUGUUUCUGAUGGUGCACGGCCACGAUUGUGUCAUUUUGCAAAGCAACCAGCCAUGGAGCUGGGACAGGUGCCUGCUUUUACCAGACACACACAACACACACACACACACACACCCUAGCAAGAUAACCACAAGGAGAGCACCCUGCCUCCUGGAGCCACCCUGGAGCCUUGACCUAACAGUCCUCCUGUUAGGUCAGGUUCCAUGAGAGCCUUUGGGACACUGCUGCCCUCAGAGUAGGCCCCUGGGAGUCCUCCUCCGUUGUUUCAGCUCUCACACAUCUGAAGGAGAGGCUCUAGCCAAAGGAACUCAGGGUGCCAUCCCUCUCAGGUGCAACGGCCCUUCUUCUCCCUCACGCUCGGGCAGGGUAAAGGUGCCAGACUGAGCCAGGCGGGCAGCAGCCCGGGUCCUUCCUGCAGGGGAAGACAGGCAAGCUCAGGCCCUGGAUCAUCAAGAGGGCACCUUGCUCCCUCUGUUGCAAGGGGAGAAGAGCACAGUUCCCCUCUUCCCAUUAGGAAAUGGGUGAGGGAUGUACUACUAGGCUGGCCUUGGCAGGGGCUGGGAGGUGUUCUGGAGAACGUGCAGCAGGUAGGAGAUCCCACAGGGUCCUCUCUGGGCCGAGCAAGUAGGUCUCUGAGGGAGCUGACUGGGGUCAGACCCUGGGCGUGGCUGAGUGAUCCCAGCUCCUUCAACAAUGCCAGCUGUCAGUUCCACGCAUUCUGAGUAACUUUCCUCGUCACUGAUUUGCUGAGCAAAAUGGGCCCACAGCUCUGUACAAGAGGGAUCUGGGCAAAGCUUAAGGAUGCUGGGGACAGUGCCAACACCCCGCUUCCCAAAUCUAGCAUUCUGGACCAGCACUCACCCAGAGAGCGGAAAGCGCUUCCCCGCCCUCUCCCGCUGCCCUGUUUCCCCCCAGGCCACAGCCUGCAGGUUGCUCCAUGGAACAUUCUGCCUUUGUUUUC